AGGCUCAGCCAGCUCCUCCUAGGAUCAAGCCACCAUAGCCACCAUAGCCACCAGUCCCAAUUCCAGUGACUGGACAGCUAACCAUCCAAGUUGCGAUCCAACCCUUGUCUGUACUAUAAAUUGCAUCCCACGGCCUCUCGUUUAUUUUACCAGAUAGAAAGAAACAGGAAGUGAAAAUUAAAAAUGGGUUCUGAUUCAGUUUCCACAUCAACGAAGCCACCACAAGAAGGAGACCCAUCUGCUUCUCUUCUUUCUUUCAACGCAGGCUCCCUCUCUUAUCCUUCAAAUCCACACCAAAAGAACACUGCCAACUCCGUCAUUUUCACCUCUCUUAUCCUUGUCACUUGCAUCGCUCUCUCUGCUGCUUCUGCUUUUGCCUUUCUCUUUUUUUCCUCUUCUUCUGUUCCUCUUACGGAUACCUCGUCCGCUUCUCUACAGUCGACGUCGCGUUCUUUGACCAAGCUCAACCACCCUGUCGUUCUCUUGAUUUCAUCUGACGGGUUCAGGUUUGGUUACCAGUUCAAGACCCAUACACCAAAUAUUCAUCGUCUGAUUGUUAACGGGACUGAAGCUGAAACUGGUUUGAUUCCUGUUUUCCCUACUCUUACUUUCCCUAAUCACUACUCUAUUGUUACUGGCCUUUACCCUGCUCAUCAUGGUAUUAUUAACAAUUAUUUUGAUGAUCCAAAAACUGGAGAGGUUUUCACAAUGGCAAGUCAUGAGCCUAAGUGGUGGCUUGGUGAACCACUUUGGGAGACAGUGGCUAAUCAUGGUUUGAAGGCAGCCACUUAUUUUUGGCCUGGUUCUGAGGUGCAUAAAGGAUCUUGGACUUGCCCUCCUGGUUUUUGUAUGUUUUAUAAUGGUUCUGUUCCUUUUGAUGAACGUGUAGAUACUGUUUUGAGUUAUUUUGAUUUGCCAGCUAGUGAGAUUCCUGUGUUUAUGACCUUGUAUUUUGAGGAUCCUGAUCAUCAGGGUCAUAAUGUGGGACCUGAUGGUCCGGAGAUUACUGAGGCUGUUGCUGGGAUUGAUAGGAUGAUUGGCAAGCUGAUUGAUGGAUUAGAGAAAAGAGGGGUUUUUGAGGAUGUCACUAUAAUUAUGGUUGGUGAUCAUGGAAUGGUUGGUACAUGUGAUAAAAAGUUGAUAUUUUUGGAUGAUUUGGCGCCUUGGAUCGAUAUCCCAGCUGACUGGGUUAGGUCCUAUACUCCUUUGCUUGCAAUUCGUCCACCUCCUGGUUUUGCACCGUCUGAUGUUGUUGCAAAGAUGAAUGAAGGGUUGCAGUCGGGGAAGGUUCAAAAUGGAAAGAAUUUGAAGAUGUAUCUCAAGGAGAAGCUGCCCUCUAGGCUUCAUUAUGCAGCAAGUGCCAGGAUUCCACCAAUAAUAGGGAUGCUUGAUGAGGGUUUUAAGGUGGAGCAGAAGAGAACUGAGGGGCAAGAGUGUGGAGGAGCACAUGGUUAUGACAAUGCACUUUUCUCCAUGAGGACAAUUUUCGUUGGCCAUGGUCCUCAGUUUGCAAGGGGGCAAAAAGUGCCAUCUUUUGAGAAUGUCCAGAUAUACAACUUGGUUACUUCGAUUCUCAAUAUCCAGGGUGCUCCCAAUAAUGGGUCUGUGUCUUUUCCAUCAACUGUUCUUUUGCCCAAUCCUCAUAAAUUCUAAGGUCUUAUCUCAUGAGUGGUCUCAGCUAUUCAAGGAUCUAGUUGGAGUGGGGUGGGUGAUUAUAUUGCAAGACCAUAUCAACUAUUUCUUAUGGAUGCAUGGUUGUGAGUUAUUUUGCAUGAUGUGGUGGCGGAGAAGGUAACUGUAUUAGUUGUUGAUGUUGUGAUUGUUGUUUCAUGUUUGGUUACAUGAUCACUUGGCUCCUACUUUUCAUUAUUAUGAGCUGCAAAUUUAAGAGAGGAUUCUAGCUUAAAAUAUUAAUGAAUCUGUAUUUUUGUGGCGUA